AUGCACGGCAGGAGGAGGCAGACCCCGGAGGAGGCGGCCGCCAGGCGCGAGGCCUCCUUGCCUCGCGUCAAGGCCCUCCGCGCGCUCCAGGCGGACGUGGUGAGGCGGCGCAGGGACCGCGUGCACACCGCGGAGAGCAUGGCGGUCGCCGGACGGCUGCUGGAGAUCAACCCCGACGUGGCGGUCGCGUGGAACUUUCGCAGGGAGUGCAUCCGGUCGCCGGGGAGCACGGGCCGGGACGAUGCGAACACCGACGUCGCAUCGUCGGUCGCGGCGAGGGAGGGACGCGCGGGGGUGGCUUCGGCGGGCGACGACGCGGCCGCCGGAUCCCCGCCCGACGACGCAGAGGCGACCACGGCCGAUCCCACCCGCCCAGCCUCGUACGUGCCUCCCCUCGAGGACGAGCUCGCGCUCACCGAGAAGACCCUGCGCAAGAACCCGAAGGGGUACGGGUCCUGGCACCACCGGCGAUGGACCGUGGAGAGGCUCGCCGCGACCGACGCAAAGGAGGCGACGUUGCGACGCGAGAUGGCUCUGAUCUCUCAGAUGCUCGAUGUCGACGACCGCAACUUCCACUGCUGGAACUACAGGCGCUUCGUCGUCUCGUUGAUGGACGGGGGCAGGGCGAUCGACGAGGCGGAGCUGGAGUACACCACGCGAAAGAUCGAGCUCAACUUCAGCAACUACAGCGCGUGGCACUCGCGGACGAAGGUGCUCCCGAAAGUCUCGGACCUGUCCAAGGAGGCGCUGGAUCGAGAGUACGAGCUGGUGCAGCAGGCGUUCUUCACGGAACCGGAGGACCAGAGCGGGUGGAUAUACCACAGGUGGCUCACCGCGCAGACGCUCAUGGGCGCGCGGGACGGCGACGGGGACGAUGCGGCCGCGAUGGAGACGCUGCGGCGGGAGGCGGGUCUGUGCCGCGAGCUGAGCGAGAUGGAGCCGUCGAGUAAGUGGCCGGUGGUGACGCGUGCGAGGCUGGUGCGGGCGACCGGGACGGAGAGCGGGCGGAUCGAGGCGGGGACGGAGUUCGCGCGGCUGGCGAGUCUGGAUCCGAUGCGCGUCGGGUACUACUGCGACUGCUGCGCGCGGCGGUGA